GAUUAACUGUAUCAAAUGCGUGUAAUCAGUUUAUUUUUAUUAUUUUCAACAAUAUUUAAUAAAAUAUUUUUUAUUUUAAGGCCUAAAUUAAGUCAAAGCUAGAGUAAUAGAAAAUUUAUCGAUUUUCUAUAAAAAAAAACAAACUAUUUUUGUAUUAUUUGUAACUGAUAAUAAAUAUUUUGUCAAACACAAUUUUAUUAUUAAGUCAAAAAAUUCAGCCUUUAACUAAUUUCUCAUGUUUAACUUAAAAAUAAUUCGUUCAAUGAUGAAACACGGAUAUUCUUGCACAGUACUUAUAAACCUCAGUCAGUCGUAGUUUUUACAGAUUUCAUGUUUGGCGGCGGGAUUGCGUAUUGCGACGGACGCUGCUGCACGCCCCUGCCAACUACAUAUCCGGCCAGCGAGAGGGCAGCAAGCGCGCGCAGAAGAGCCAGAAAUUCGCCGUGAAUUGAUUGUUGAAAGAGCUGAUUGUCAAAUCUACUGUCGAAACUCCACCGAAUUAACAAGUAACAAUGGCCGGCGCUGACCCACCUGGUUCCGAAAAUCUGACUGGCCUCAGCAGAAUCUUUAACAGCCAGACUAACUUUGGCAGAGCGAACGUUGCAAAGGCUACGUAUGCCACUAUAGCUCUCAUAGUGGCGUACAAUUUAUUGAAACCCAAGAACAAAAAGAAGUAGAAGAAUUUGUUAAUGUGAAAAGGUCGUCAGAAUGUUCAGAAAAUAAUAUAUAUCAUUACAUAAUGAUAAGCGCCAUCACUGUAUAUUCAAGGAAUAUCUAUAAGAAUGAUAAAGUUUAAAUAAAGUAAUCGAAUGUAAAAUAUCGUUUUUCGGAA